CAGGGUCUGUCGAGGCUGAACAAAGCCCUCGGAGGCCUGACGUAUGAGAAGGCUCAAGCGACCCGACACAAUACAUUGUUAUCCCGAGUGAAGCGAUGCACGGAUAUCUGAUGCAUUGUUGACUUGGCUAGACAAUGGAGUCAACGGCCGACACGAGAUACGAUGGUCACAGGGUGAGAGAUGGGUAGGUACGAGUGAGGGUGGUGGAGUGACAGUGAGUCGAGGUGAGGUGAGCGGGGCAGCUUUUGGCAGCAGCGGUCAAGCAACAAAGUCAUGCAUAUGAAGAAGGCGCCUGAAAUAAAAACAUGGCUCCAGAUCUCAACUCGCUCCCUCCAUCACCAACCCUAGGACGCACGCCAGACACCAUGACUGCCGCCGAGAACCAGCCGUCGCCGCAUUCGCCGUCGCUUUCGUCGCUCCAAGCAGCUGCAGCCAUCAAUGCCGGCAUGCGCAACUCGCACUCUCCACGCGCCAGCGCCACCCAGCGCAGACGAUCCAGUCUAAUGACCAACCUGCAUCUGAACGAUGCCCAAAUGCCUGGUCCUGGAGAGAUGCAAGACUCACAUCACCACCGCGCCCCUAGCCUGGGCCAGAUGCACCAAGAGCUGGAGAACGAACAAGAGGCCCAAGUCAAUAGACUGCUGCAAAUGAUCCGAGCACAACAAGACCAGAUCGACGAACUGCACGCCGAUCAGCCUGCCACUGCCACUGCCACUGCUGGCACCCCCUCGGACUCCGACACCAGGCCGCGCACUCUGUCAAGCUCGAGCAGACAUCAACCGCUGCCUCAGCGUCCCGUUUCGUUAUCGCGACACUCUUCGCAAGCCGUAUCCGUCACCAGUGGCCCCCGAAGCAGCAGCAGAUCUCCCGCCCUGCGUCCCGUCGUCUCACCACACGACCCGAUGCGCGAGGACUGGCUGCUUGGUGCAAACCGCGACGAGAGUGCCUUCUACCAAGCAGAGACGCAGAUGCUGACGCGCGAGAACCAAAUGCUCAAGGCCCGUAUUCGCGAACUUGAGCGCCAGCUGGCCCAUCCCGACCCAUCACCUACUCAUCACCAACCACCCGCAUCUCACAGUCCCGCUGUCAUCUCUCCUCUGACAAGCCCUCCGGUCAUCUCCGAGCCCACUCGGCAACAACCUUCAUGAUCUCCUUCGCCGUCUGACGUGUCACGAUUCGCAUCUCAUCUCAAGCAGGAAAAUGGCGUUAUCAAGGAGAUUCUCGGCCUAGGUACACCACGCCCGACUAUUGCUUCCAUAUACUCUUCUUUGACGUUUUCGAAUUCCGUCAUCAUCUUCUCGAACCUUCCCACAGGUGGUCGAGCAAUACAACGACG